CCCCGGGCCGGGCCCUGAGCGUGCGGACCCCGCGCCGCCGCCAUGGCGGAGACCAAGAUCAUCUACCACAUGGACGAAGAGGAGACGCCGUACCUGGUCAAGCUGCCCGUGGCCCCCGAGCGCGUCACGCUGGCCGACUUCAAGAAUGUGCUCAGUAACCGGCCGGUGCACGCCUACAAAUUUUUCUUCAAGUCCAUGGACCAGGACUUCGGGGUGGUGAAGGAAGAAAUCUUUGAUGACAAUGCCAAGCUGCCCUGCUUCAACGGCCGAGUAGUUUCCUGGCUGGUCUUAGCUGAGGGCGGUCACUCAGACGCAGGCUCCCAGGGUGCUGACAGCCAUGCCGACCUGCCCCUGCCGGUGGAGCGGACAGGUGGCAUCGGAGACUCCCGGCCCCCCUCCUUCCACCCGAAUGUGGCCAGCAGCCGCGAUGGAAUGGACGUCGAAACUGGCACAGAGUCCAUGGUUAGCCACCGGCGGGAGCGAACCCGACGUCGGAACCGAGAGGAAGCCACUCGGACCAAUGGGCACCCGAGGGGGGACCGGCGGCGGGACUUGGGGUUGCCCCCGGACAGCGCAUCCACUGUGCUGAGCAGUGAGCUCGAGUCCAGCAGCUUUGUGGAUUCUGAUGAGGACGAUGACACCAGCAGGCUGAGUAGCUCCACUGAGCAGAGCACCUCGUCCCGGCUCAUCCGGAAGCACAAGCGCCGGCGGCGGAAGCAGCGCCUGCGGCAGACAGACAGGGCCUCCUCCUUCAGCAGCAUCACUGACUCCACCAUGUCCCUGAACAUCAUCACCGUCACGCUUAACAUGGAGCGGCACCACUUCCUGGGUAUCAGCAUCGUGGGCCAGAGCAACGACCGGGGUGAUGGCGGCAUCUACAUCGGAUCCAUCAUGAAAGGCGGGGCUGUGGCCGCAGAUGGCCGCAUUGAGCCGGGCGACAUGCUGCUGCAGGUGAACGAUGUCAAUUUUGAGAACAUGAGCAACGAUGAUGCUGUGCGGGUGCUGCGUGAGAUUGUGUCUCAGACCGGGCCCAUAAGCCUCACGGUGGCCAAGUGCUGGGACCCAACUCCGCGGAGUUACUUCACUAUUCCUAGGGCUGACCCUGUGCGGCCCAUUGACCCAGCCGCCUGGUUGUCCCAUACGGCGGCGCUGACUGGAGCCCUGCCCCGCUACGGUACGAGCCCCUGCUCCAGCGCUGUCACACGCACCAGCUCCUCUUCACUAACCAGCUCGGUGCCCGGCGCUCCACAGCUGGAGGAGGCCCCACUGACAGUGAAGAGUGACAUGAGUGCUGUUGUCCGGGUCAUGCAGCUGCCAGAUUCCGGCCUAGAGAUCCGAGACCGCAUGUGGCUCAAGAUCACCAUUGCCAAUGCUGUCAUUGGGGCGGAUGUGGUGGACUGGCUGUACACACAUGUGGAGGGUUUCCGAGAACGUCGGGAGGCUCGGAAGUAUGCCAGCAGCCUACUGAGGCACGGCUUCCUCCGGCACACGGUCAACAAGAUCACCUUCUCAGAGCAGUGUUACUACGUCUUCGGGGACCUGUGCAGCAAUCUUGCGGCUCUGAAUCUCAACAGUGGCUCCAGUGGAGCCUCAGACCAGGACACACUGGCCCCACUGCCCCACCCACCUGCACCCUGGCCCCUAGGUCAGGGCUACCCCUACCAGUAUCCGGGGCCUCCAUCUUGCUUCCCACCGGCCUACCAGGACCCUGGCUUUAGCUACGGCAGUGGCAGCACUGGAAGUCAGCAGAGUGAAGGAAGCAAAAGCAGCGGGUCCACCCGGAGCAGCCGUCGGGCCCCAGGCCGUGAGAAGGAGCGCCGGGUGGCUGGAGCUGGGGGCAGUGGCAGUGAAUCGGACCACACGGCACCAAGUGGGGCAGGCAGCAGUGGCUGGCGGGAACAUCCGGCCAGCCAGCUUAGCCGUGGCAGCAGCCCACGUAGUCAGGCCUCAGCCACUGCCCCAGGCCUACCCCCUCCGCAUGCCCUGACAAAGGCCUAUGCAGUGGGGGGGGGGCCUCCAGGUGGGCCACCUGUCCGGGAGCUGGCUGCUGUGCCCCCAGAGUUGACAGGCAGCCGCCAGUCCUUCCAGAAGGCUAUGGGGAAUCCCUGUGAGUUCUUCGUGGACAUCAUGUGACUGACGGCUAGUGCCUUCAGUCCUGCUUGGGGUGGGGGAGCUGGUGGCCCUGCUGCUCCUGGAGUGCAUGUGGGCCUUAGUGCAGCUAGGAUGGGCAGUGGGAGCAGGUGUGGGGGCUGAGGCCUAGACUGCUAUGGUCCGUACUCAGCAGUCCUGCUCCUGGAGUCUCUGACAGUGGAACUUGCAGCCGGGAGACCCCAUCUCUGUCCUUGGCAGGUCUGACCUGGCCCCUCAGCAUGAGCCUCAGGGACCCCGCCCCCUUUCGUCUAGGGGGCGACCCCUCCAGGAUGAGGAAGCCACUCUUGGCCUCUGUGCUGACACCCACCCUCAUGUAGUUCAUGGACCCUCCCUAUCUGGCCCAGACUGGGGGACCCAGGGGGUGGAAUUUGAGCCCCCAGCUCCUUUGGCUGCCUGGAGUAGGGAUCUAAUUUAUUUAUUUAUUGCCCAGCUGGCACACCCUAGGGAAGUGGCAGCCUAGCCCCACCCACUGGAGGCCUGCACAUCCCUCCAUCCUGUGCCUCAUGCAAACAUGGGAGCACAGAUGUGCCUCAGUGUAUAGAGUACAAUUGAGCUGCGAUGGGUCAGGCUGGACAGUCUGCCUAUGAUGUCUUAGCCAGGGUAGAAGGGUACAGGACCUCUAGGGCUGGGGCCCUAAUAGGGGUGGGGGCCUGGGCAAGAACAAGGGUCAGCUGUCCCAUCCUCACAGCCCUUCUGACUGUCUGCCUGCGUGCCCUGCCUUCCUGGCACCUCCGGCCCAUGUCCACACUGUAGAUACUAUAUCAAAGUCCCAGCAUCUGGAUAGUUAACAUAGAGUGGCUUCUGUGUAAAUGCUAUUUUAAACACUAAAAAGCAUUUAAUUUUAUGGA